AUGACUUUUUAUCUUCUCUCUCAUACUACUCCGCCGGCGCCGCCGCUGCUGGCGUCCCCGACGGUUUCUGCUUUCUCUUCGACCAGUUUAUUAGCACAGAGAAGAUUCGCACGUACGAUUGCCAGGGCUUCUGAAGACGACGAUGGCAAACCAGCUUUCAAUCCGUUCGGAUUUGUCACUGAUAAUCCGUCGAGCCGCAGCGCCAUUCAGCUACCCGAGUCUCCCGCCGAGGACGGGAAUGUCGGGCAAAUGCUCUACAGAAUAGAAGACAAGGGAAAAGAGUAUGGCUCUUAUAUUAAAUCUGGAGGAUUUCGAUGGUUUGUGAGAGAAACAGGAUCACCCGAGAGCAGGCGUGGAACCAUUGUGUUUCUCCAUGGAGCCCCAACACAGUCCUACAGCUACCGGGUCGUUAUGUCUCAGAUGGCAGAAGCUGGGUUUCAUUGCUUAGCACCUGACUGGAUAGGAUUUGGGUUUAGUGAAAAGCCUCAGGCUGGAUAUGGAUUUGACUACACAGAGAAUGAAUUCCACGAAGUAUUUGACAAGUUACUGGAUGCUCUUGGGAUAAAUUCUCCUUUUUCUCUUGUAGUUCAGGGAUUUCUGGUUGGAUCCUAUGGAAUGACUUGGGCUUUAAAAAAUCAAAGCAAAAUAACAAAGCUUGCAGUCCUGAAUACCCCAUUGACCAGCUCAUCCCCACUUCCUGGACUAUUUCAACAACUCAGGAUACCUCUUCUUGGUGAGUUCACUUGCCAGAAUGCAGUUAUGGCUGAGCGUUUCAUUGAAGCAGGUAGCGCCUAUGUCUUGAAGCUAGAGAAGGCAGAUGUGUAUCGUUUACCAUACUUAUCCAGCAGUGGACCAGGAUUUGCUCUUCUUGAGGCUACAAAACGAGCCAACUUCAAGGAUAUCAAUAGCAGAAUAUCAGCCGGGUUUGCAUCCGGAAGCUGGGACAAACCAAUAUUGGUUGCAUGGGGAAUAUCAGACAAAUAUCUUCCCCAGUCAGUGGCGGAAGAAUUUCGGAAAGGCAAUCCCGAUUCAAUAAAGCUCAAGUUGAUUGAAGGUGCUGGCCACAUGCCACAGGAGGACUGGCCAGAAAAAGUUGUCGAUGCCUUGCGACUAUUCUUCUGA